AAAUUAAAUGUCAAUCUCUUGGCAUUGAAAAAUCGAUCUCAGAUCGCUAUCGCCUUUGAUAAUUUUCAAAUAUGUUGUUGUAUGAUAGUAUCUCUAUUUAGUUUGUGGUUGUAUGUUUAAAUAAUUUACCGGGCAAGGGUUUAUUGAAUGAUUGAAAUUUAUUUCAGGUCUUUCAUCUGAAGAUACUCCGAACUCGUUGUGGAUAACAUAAAUAUAGCAGGCAUUGACCAGUUGAUACACCAACAUCAAAUUGAGAUUCUGAGAAUUUGAAGGCCUUAAAAAUAUUUGAAAAUGUAUCACUGUGGGAUGAGACAAGUAAGAGAGAGCCACUUUGCUAACCAAGUCGAUUUAAUGGUCUGGAGCAACCGGCUGGAUUUGUUGGCAUUAAGCAAUUUAAAAGGUGAAGUUCAGGUUCACAGAUUACAGUGGCAAAAAGUAUGGAAUCUAGCGCCACCAAAAGAAAAUGUUACUGUUCGUGCCAUGGCGUGGAGGCCAGAUGGAAAAGUACUGGCGAUUGGUUACAGUUCUGGAAAUGUGUUUAUAGUUGACAUUGAGGACAAGGAAAUCAUGGACAAGUAUGCAUUAGAGCAUGAAAGCAUUCAAGAAUUUGAUGACACAAAACACUAUGGAAUAUCAUGCAUUACAUGGGCCGCACAUGCUACUAAUUUGGACAGCACACCAUAUAAUAUUUAUGAGGAUUCAUCAUUGUUUCUGCAGCAGUUACCAACCUCAAGCAGUGCUUACAAAAACCAAACAUCUGAUGAUGGUGCCCACUGUUUAAAGGAAGAAACACAGACACCCAGUCAUCUUAAUAUGUUAAUUGUUGGCUAUGGCACUGGUUAUGUUUAUAUGAGUAUCUUUGGUAGAUAUCCGUAUGGGACUCUCCAUCUCACGCAAGUUACAAAGGAUGAAUGUGGCGAGUACAAGGUUUUAGACGUCAUUCUCUCUGAUGAUUUUAGUGUUUUGCAAGUCCUUUAUUUAGAUAGACUUACAAACAUCGUCUAUGCCGCUCUGGUUAAUACAAGUGUCUUGACAGCUUAUUCAGAAGAAAUUUUCAAAGUUGCAAAGCAACAUGGGAAAGUAAUACACUUGAUGUCAUAUUUAGAUCAGACUAUGAUAUCAAUAACAGAAGCUUGGGAACACAUAUUGUUGGAAAUGGACACGAAGAUGGCUUAUUAUGCAGCAUCAGUGCCUGAAGGAGGAGUGUCAGCAGAUCUGUUGGAGUUGCUUAUGCUUGGAGUACCAUCUGAUGAAUUAGAACUAUUUUUACUUAGAGAACUAACUGCCAAAGUUUUGAAGAAAUCUGGAAAUUCAGUAGAAUUAAGUUAUUCAACUAUUCAAAAAUUGGUUUUGAAACAGUUGAAUGUUGUUGGGCAAAGUUUGACAUAUUAUCUCUCGGAAUUAAGAGGUCUUACUAGGAUACCAGACAGAUAUAAAGUCUUAGGACUUGAAGAGCCUGCAGUUACCAAUGCUAUACGAGCUUGUUGUGCAUUUUUGAAUAAAUGUCUGGAGUUGCAACAAGUUAUUGAUGUUUCCAUGAGAAAUUACAAGGCAUUUUUCAGAUGGCUGUAUGUUAUGAUAAUCAGAUUGCUGAACGAACCUACACCCAGUGAAAUAGUCAAGAUGACCCAACAAGAAUUAACACACAUUGCGGAAUUUUUAUAUAAUUUCGAUAAUGUUCAAGUAGAGAGUACAGAAAAUGUGUCGGAAAAACCAGUAAAAUUCAAUUUAGAAAGGCUUGGUCAAUACUUACAAGAUCAAGAUUUGACUAUACUCCCUGAUGACGAAGACAAUCCUUGGCACAAGUUCCUGAAGGACAACUCAUGUUUGAUCAAAGAUAAUGAUACAAUAUUUUCUAUGGAAGAAUUCAGAAAGUUUUCACUAGUUCAGCAACAGAAAUAUCUAAAAAAUGCAAUUGAUAAAGUAUUUGAUGUUUCAGAUAAAACAGAUAUUGUGAAACAUUUUUCUGUUUUGUACAACAUUAAAUGUUAUGAAGGUCUGACAGGGUUAAAUUCAGAUACUCAUUUGCGAUUCUCACAAUUAUAUGAUGCAAGUCAACAAAGGUUCAUGGUAGCAUUAGUAAAUAUAGGGGCAGAUAAAAUAUGCUUUAUGUCAACUAGUGUUAAGAAUAAAACUUGCAGUGCAACUGCUUCUAAAUUUUGCAUUGGUUCCAUUCUUAUUGGAGAUAAAGAUUUGCCAGAUGACACUCUUCUCAAAGUCAUGGACUUACAGUAUUAUUCUUCUGAAUUUUUGUCUGUGAUUGUGCAACAUACAUCAAAUGAAGAAAACACUGUAUUUAUUCAAGUUCCGUUGAAUAUUAUUCUGGAACAUUCUACUGAAUUUAAUAUUAAGUCCAAAUCAUGUGUGUUUGGUGAAAAAAUAUCAAAUAAGGAUAUUGCAUCUUUCCUAGACCAAGGCGUUUACAAAGUAAUUGAUAAGCUGGAUGGAUGUCGCAUAGCCGUGUCAGGAUGUAGAAAAGUUUCUGUGGUUUUGUCAAAAAGCUGCAGGAAAUUGAAGGUAUUUGAGAUGGAAAUAGAUGGUGAAGAUGAGGAAGACGAAACUCUUGAUAUCACCCCACAGUCACAUGUUACAAACAGAAGCAACGCUAGCCACGGGACUCCUGAUCAGUCUACUGAUAUUACAUUUUGA